GUGGAGACAUAAAAUGCUCUCUGUUGGUGGUAGGAUGAUUCUUAUCAAUCAUGUCCUCAGUUCCCUCCCCUUAUAUCAUAUGGCUGUCACCCCCCUCCCGCGCACUAUUAUUCAAAAAAUUGAGAGAAAACUCUCAAACUUUCUGUGGGAUAACAGUCCGGAUAAUCACAAACACAUUUGGCGCAGUUGGAAACAUUGUUGUUUCCCUGUUUCGGAAAACGGCUUGGGCUUUCGUAGUUUAUUUCAUAUCCAAAAUGCCUUUUUAUUAAGCUUUUGUGCAAGAAGAAAACCAAAAUUGGUCUUUGGGCUAAUUGGUACAACGCCCUAAAAGAUAAAAAAAAACGUUUUGUGAUGCAUAAGGCUCUUUGUUCUAUUGAUCAGUGCUAACAGUUGUAUCCAGGUUCAUGAUGGUAGUAGCUCUUUUUGGUUCUCUAACUGGUGCAACAUUGGCCCUUUGUACCUCCUUCAUGAUGACAUCCCUAUUCAUCUCUAUAAUCUGUCUAUUAAAGAGGCUAUGCCUAAUUACAGUUUGAUCUCUCCUUUGCGUAAUUGCCUCCCCAAUCUUUUAAUGGAAAAUAUCAUGGAAAUUAAGGUCCACUACACUGACAGGGAGGAUGGCUACCUUUGGAAACCCAAUUCAAAUGGCAAAUUCAGUUUUUCUAGUGCCUAUGAUGUUACUAGGCCUAAGGUGAGUAUGAAAGCAGAAUACAAAUUCCUUUGGAAUCAGCGGACCCCCAAAAAAAUUCCUUUUUCCUUUGGAAGCUUGAAAACCGUAUCCUUCCUUUUGAUGACAAAUUUAAUCAAAUUGGAAUUUUUGGCCCUUGGAUUGGAUGAGGGUAUGGCUUUGGAGAGAGCAAAAUGGAGGGCGGGUAUUCGUGUGGAGGAGUGAUCUUGUAUCAUCUUUUCCCCUCUUUUUUUCUUCUUUUUUUUCUUUUUCUUUUAUAUUUUUAUCCUUAUAUAUAAAUAUUACUUUAUCCUUUUUAUUUUAUCUUUUAUAUAUAUAUAUAUAUUCAUCUCUUUUAUAUUAUCUUUUUUUAGAAUAGCUUAUCUUUUUUAUGUUUAUUUUCUUUCUUUUCCUUUUGUUGAUAUCAUGUAUCGAUUCAUGUUAGCCGACCCCAAUAUCGUUUGGGACUAAGGCUUGGAUGUUGUUGUUGUUGUUGUUGGAAUUUUUGGCCCUUUCAAAUGCCCUUUUUGCCGGUCCAAUGACACUAUUUCAAAGUUAAACUGCAUGCUAUUACCUCUAUCCAAAACUAUUUGAUGGGUUGGUACAACGACUUUAAAGGAAAAUUGUUGAUUCAAACUUUGUCCUCCCAAUAUGAUAGUUUGGAACAUUUGGAAGAUACGGAACAAGUUCCUUUAUGAAAAUAAAACGGCCAAUCUCUCUGAGGCAAUAAAUACUAUUAAAACUGAUAUCUUUGCCAUUUCGAAUGUCAAACCCUUCACCUGCUAUACUUCCCACACUCCUUUCAACAUCCUCACUACCCCUCCCAAUGAAACCAAUAGUGGUCCGCGACAUAUAAACCGGAAAAAGCCUCCUCCUUCCUACCAAAAGAUCAACUUCGCCACUUGUCAUUCUCAAUGCUAACCUUGCCAGAACUGCCCCGCUAUUUCAGGAUGACAAAGGGCGUUACGUAGGCCACAUGACUCAUCUUUCCUCCACAACUGUGAUAAGAACCUCGCAACACAGAGCAAUCACAAGCACAAUUCCAGUAAUUCACACACAAUUACAGAGAAAUAGAGUAUCUUAUUCAACAAGGUAAACCAUCCACAAGGUAAACAGCAUACAAGCCCCAAAAGAGGAGAUAGAACUCCCACUUUCCCAGUCCCAAAUCUAAUGUCCGAAAGCCUGCCAACCUACUGCCGGAAUUCUUAUUUAAACCCUUCCCUAAAAGGAAGGCGGUUAUUAGUUGCUUAACAGAAUUAACUAAUAACCGAGCUAGUCUAUUUAGGCCUUCUUUUGUACACCCGCCCAUAUCUACUCCCUUUAUCAAAACUAGCACUCAUGUCCCUAUCAAUACCCCCUUCUUGAACAACCAACUUGUCCCCAAGUUGAAAUUCAGGAAAUUGAUCUUGGAUCACUUGCAAUUCCUCCCAUGAGUCCUCAAAAUCAGGAAGAUCCUUCCAAUGUAUAAGGAUUUCCUGCUUCCCUUCCUGAUUCAGUCUGCUACCCUUCACAGCUACAGGUCUCACUUGUAAUUCACAUUCUUUUGUGAGGCAAUUUGGGAGGUUCUGAUAUGUCACAGUAGGUUUCAGCACUUUUUUAAGCAAGGAUAUGUGGAAUACAGGGUGUAUUCUACUUCCUUCAGGUAACGUCAGCCCUUUGGCAUUGAAGGGAUGAGCUAACGGUAUGAAGUGAGCAAAUUUUCAUAGUCUAUCCACCACUACUAGAAUAGCAUCCUUUCCUUGUGAUUUAGGUAAACCACCUAUGAAAUACAUACUAAUGUCAGCCCAAUUGUGUUCUAGAAUCGGUAGAGGCUGCAACAACCCUGCAGGUUUAAGAGCCUGGUAUUUAUUCCUUUGGCAUACCUCACACCCCAAAAUGUAAUCUUUGAUAUCCUUCCUCAUUCCUGUCCAAUAGAAUAAAUCAGUAAUCCUUUUCAGGGUCCUGAAAUACCCUGAAUGACCCCCUACUGCAGAGUCAUGGUAUUCAUUGAGUAUACUCUUCACCUUGCUGGACCCAUUUGGUAGCACCAUCUUCCCUUUGUAGUAAAGAAUACCUCCCCUCAACUUGUAAUCUGGAUAGCACGUAAGUAAGAAAGCUGCUGAAUAAAUUCUGAAUUAAUUCCCUACAUUUGGCAUCAUUCUGCAAUUCAUCUUCCAAUCCAUCCCAUUCUUGGCAAAUCACACUUGAUAAGGCUGAAUAUGUAGAAUUCCUGGAAAGGGCAUCAACUGCUUUGUUUUCAAUUCCCUGCUUGUAUAUGAUUGUAAAAUUGUAUCCCAUGAGUUUGGAAAUCCACUUUUGCUGAUCCUCUCCCAUCACCCUUUGCUCCGUCAAGUAUUUCAGGCUUUUCUGGUCAGUAUGGAUCUCAAAUCUCCUCCCUAGUAAGUAAGGCCUGCAUUUCUGAACUGCAAACACAAUGGCCAUUAGUUCUUUUUCAUAUACUGAUUUAACCAGAUGUUUAGGGGCUAAUUCCUUGCUCAUAUAAGCAAGGGGACCUCCAUCCUGCAUAAGAACAGUUCCCAAUCCUCUCCCAGAGGCAUCUGUUUCCACUACAAACAUUUUAUUAAAGUCAGGAAUCCUUAAAAUUGGUACAGAAAUCAUGGCAUUCUUCAACUCUUCAAAAGCCCUUCCUGCCUUCUCAUCCCACUUGAACCCAUCUUUCUUUAGUAAUUGAGUUAGAGGUGCAACAAUAUGACUAUAACCUUUGACAAAUCUCCUGUAGUAUCCUGUCAGACCUAGGAACCCCCUUAGCUCCUUGAGAUCCUUAGGGACUGGCCAUUUACUCAUAGCUUCAAUUUUGCUGGGAUCUGCAGCCACCCCUUUUUCAGAAAUAAUAUGACCUAAAUAAGUCAACUGUUGUUGGCCAAAUGAGCACUUCUUCUGAUUCACCACCAAUUGAUUCUUCUUCAGUACAUCCAGAACCUUCCUCAAAUGUUCUUCAUGUUCUUUCCUAGUUUUGCUUUAAACUAGGAUGUCAUCAAAGAAAACCAGUGUGAAUUUCCUCAGAAAAGGCCUUAGAACCUCAUUCAUGAGUGCUUGGAAUGUGGCAGGUGCAUUAGUCAGCCCAAAGGCCGUGUACACACUCUAGCCGCCUGGAAGUCUGCUAUGCAACUUUGUUACAAUGAAAGUUCCAAGGCAGCCGUGAUGCAUCACACAGGAAGAACACUUGGUGAUGAUGAAGCUGACUUUGUAUUCUCAGUUAUGGGUUCUGUAAGAGAUCAGACAUGGGGCAUUGAAAGAGAUAAAAACCUUGGCAAAAAGGAUCACUGUGUUGACAUAGAUAACGAGAGGUUGCCAAAAAGAAGAAAACUAUACAAGCUGAAGUACUGGGAAGGAAGAGGCGCGAGGAUGAAGCUGAAUGGCAUGACUGUAUCUUACUCCCCACCUUGAGGACAAGGUGGAUGUCAAAGGGGGGAGUGAUGAUAGGGACCUGGGCACUACAAAUAAUAAGAAUCCAUUUAGUAUUUUAAUGUUGUUUAAUAAUAGGGUUCUAGGCCAAAUAAGUUAAUUAAGGGCCGGCCCUUUUAGGAGGGUUUUUUAAUAAUAGGGGGAGUCAAGCUUGGGGGAAUGGCCUAAAUAAAUGUGGAAGCUGAACAGGUUGAGCUGGAGAAAGGAAAUAAAAGGGUGGUCUAAAUAAAUGUGGAAGCUGGACAGGCUGGAGAAAGGAAAUAAAAGGCAAACAGAUGAGUCAGGAAAAGGAGGCUGGGAUUUGGGAAAACUGAAAUCUGGGAGAGAUCGAGGCCCUCUCGAAUUGGUCUCGGCUGUAUUCUUCUUAUUUUCUACGAUUUCAAUAAUAUUUUCCACACCAAUUCUCUGUGUCGUAUCACUAUCACAACAAUGUCAACGAUUAAUCAACGAUAUUAUGCAUUUACAACCUCCUUCCUCUGUCACACAGACUCUUGUCUCAAAUUGAAUAGAAAAUGCCAUGCUGACAUGCACAUGCUUUAUUGUAUUUGUGCAGUUGAGCUAUAGUAGAUGGACUAGAUAGUAGGUAGACAUGUGUAUUUGCAAGUGUUUGUAUAUAUUUCGUGUUAAGCCUCUUCCAUUGAAAUCCUCAUAAGGCCCCUCCUUCAUCAUCACAUAAUAGCAACUAUAGUUGCAGUUGGUGGUAGGAGAUUUGGUGUCUAAUGUUAGUCAAAACAAUAAUUGUGCAAAGAAAAACAGUGACACUGUUAUAUACGGUGUGCUCCCUAGAACAGUUUUUCCCACUGAAAUGGCUGGGAGAAAGCGCACAGUGAUGAGUGAGAUGUGGUGUGGCCGUGUGGGGCAGUGGUAUAGAUCUCAUUGUUGUGGAGAAGGGGAAUGUGCAGGGGAGGAUGAGGUUUUCCACUGUUGCAUACAUUCUUCUCAAGUCAACUGCUAAUAUAAUUGUAUAAAUAGUCAUUUCUCAUUUCAAAUUGCCUUCUUUUGUUUGGAGUAUCACUUUAACAAGCUGAUAGGAACCAGCCUAUUAGAGUAGUAGACUAUUAUUAGAAUAAUAAUAAUAAUAAUAAUAAUAAUAAUAUGAGUAAUAAGGAUACAUGAAUAUUUUAGUAUAAAUAGACGGGGAAGAGGAGGGAGUGGUAGGCUGUUCUAGACUUGUCUUGGGACUUUGGGAAGAUUGAGAUUAGCCGUCUCUUUCUUUUGGGUGGCUUCGGCCUUUCUGUUCUCUUUCUGUAAUCGAUAUCUUCAUCAAUAAAGUUUUUUCUACAGUUUCUUGAUAAUCUUUACUGAAAUUGUUGUGAAUUCUGGAGAUCUCUAUCACAAGCUUUGUAUUCAUCUAUCAUAUCUGCAUGCCGUCAUUUCUUUUGAUAAUAGUGGUUCUUGCUUAACUUCUCUGCAGUACACGAAAAGUUUGAAUUACUUAUCCAGCGAGGCUUUCUCCUCCAUACCAAACGAGCUAGUUCCUGACUUGCAAAGAAUGCUGGCUACAGAUGAGGAUACUAGACCUCAACAUACAUUGAUUUUAGGUCUUCAUCAAGUUCCUGGUGCUGAAGCUGCCACACAUACGGGGAGGAGGGAUUUGGUAAAAGUGAUUCCUGGGAAGCCUACCCAUACGUUUUGUGUGGAAAGUUUUUUUUUUGUAAGUCUGAAAAUUACAAACACAAGUUAUACCAUUGUCGGUUGACCGGUUGAAUCGUUGACAUGUGUGAAUGCACUAAUCUAUGAAGGGAGAGACAAUUGUACAGGUUGUUAAAAGAUAAAAGCACAGGAAGUACGCUCACGCGAACACACAUUAGAUCUCAUCUGAAACGUCUUAAUAAAUGCGGAAAAUAAGAUUAACGUGCUACAAGGUAGUUCAUAUUGGAUCCACGACAUCUCUACUUCAUUUACCAAAUACUAUUCCAUUUAUCAAUUGCAGGUUCAUCCAUCUUUCGAGAUGACACCAGGCUGCAUGCAGGCUUGCCUUUGGAAAUUUGGUGCCUCCGGACAAAGAAUGAAUUUUGAUCCAGGAAGCGACCUUGAUGUCACCUUACUCCACUGCCCUUGCAUCUCGGCUUGGAUCCAGGAAAUCCAGAAACUGAAUGCUCACAGGUCAAGCAGUCCAAACCUUUUCGUCGAUUUGAUCUCCUGCCAGAAAUCUAUCCAGCCUCACGCCAGGAGUACCAUAUUGGAAAGUAAACCAUUUGGGCAACUAUGGGUGCUAUUCAGAUUGUGCUUAUUCCUUGAUGUCAAUGCUUCGAUCUUUAGUUCUUAAUGUUGAGGGCACUCUAAAUGUUGUAAGAAGAAGGCCAAUGGAUUCACUUCUAGCUAAAGAAGUGGAAUUGCAAACUUCAGACCAUCAGUGCAGUGCGCAGUGGUGGCGGUUGCAGUGCGGCGGCUGCGGUGAUUGCAUAUAUGUAUGUGGUCACAGUGGGAGUGUUGGACCACAAAGAGGAACACGGAUAGCUCCCAGAUGCAUGAAGAGAG